CUCCAGGUCCACCGGGUCCACCGGGAACGCCGGGAAAACGCGGCAGGAAAGGGAAGAAAGGAGACGCAGGAGAAGCGGGACCACCGGGGCCUAUUGGUUUAGACGGACCCAAAGGAGAUCCGGGCAAAGCCGGAGAUAAGGGUCAAAAGGGUGACGUGGGUAAUCCAGGAUUCGACGUCUUUUCCGCAGUCAAGCAGCCCGGAAGGGGUUUAAAAAGAUCUGUGACGACUCUGAGAGGCGGCACUCUUGGAUACGCAGAAAUUGUCGCCGUGAAGGGAGAACCAGGAGAGCCAGGACCGCCGGGACCACCGGGACCUCCGGGUCCUGAAGGACUUCCAGGACACGACGGAAGACAGGGAAUUCCCGGGGAGCAGGGUCCGCCUGGCGACAGGGGCGAAGCUGGACCUUUGGGCCCUAUUGGACCACCCGGAAUCGACGGACUCAUGGGGCCUAAGGGCGAUAGGGGACAUGUAGGGACGACGGGAUCGGCCGGAUAUCCAGGAUUACCGGGACACAUGGGUUUGCCUGGAAUUCCCGGCAGAAACGGCUCCAAAGGUGAACGUGGCGACAGAGGCGACAAAGGCGAACGAGGACUGACGACGACGCUCAACGGAGAUCAAUUCCCAGCAGGAAUGCUCGAAGGACCGCCAGGACCUCCAGGUCCACCCGGACCGAAGGGCGAUUCUGGAAUCGCCGGACCCGUGGGAGAGGCCGGAACCAACGGUGAGGCCGGUCCACAAGGACCUCCAGGACUUCCGGGUCUGUUAGGUCCGAAAGGUGAGAAAGGCGAUUACGGUGAUAUAGGACCUCCGGGUCUGAUGGGUCCACCAGGACUACCUGGUCCGCCCGGAUAUCCGGGCCAGAAGGGAGAAAAGGGCGAGAAAGGCGAAUCGAAAUACAAAAAGCUGCGAAGGCGACAGUUCCAGGGAGACGGGACUGGAGAGAUGAUCGGUGGAGGAGGCGGCGGUGGCGGAGGCGGCGAAGUUAUCGUCGGUCCUCCAGGUCCUCCAGGACCUCCGGGAGUGCCGGGUUUGCAAGGGCCUCCCGGUAUUAAGGGUGACAGAGGGAUGGACGGCAUCAAAGGGGAGCCGGGCGAGAAGGGCACUAAGGGGGAUCCCGGACCGAUGGGCUUACCUGGUCCGAUGGGUUUGAGAGGCGAGAGCGGAAGGACCGGCGAUUAUGGGAAGCCAGGUCCCAUGGGACCUCCCGGCUUAGAUGGAAUGAAAGGCGCCCAAGGAGAACCAGGGAACAAAGGGGAACGAGGCGAUCCCGGUUUGCCAGGCACGGACGGUAUUCCAGGACAAGAGGGUCCAAAAGGUGACAAAGGGUACAAAGGAGACGCAGGUCCGUUAGGGAAGAGAGGCCGAAAGGGCGAUAAGGGAGAUAAGGGAGAUCAGGGCGUUCCUGGGUUAGAUGCUCCGUGUCCCUUGGGAUCUGACGGUCUGCCGUUGCCGGGUUGCGGAUGGCGACCACCGAAGGAGGUCAUGCAGCCGUCUCCACCGUCCACUUACCAUCAUCACGACUUCGAGGCUGAAGACCCGAUGGAAGAGAACCAGGAAGGGGAUUACGAAGAGGGAGAGGAUGAUUACGAAGAGUAUCCGGAACAGAUGAACUCCGCUCUGCCUGUGUCCGCUUCGGCCAUCUAACAAAGACAAGAAUUAAAGCAAAAGCAUAUCCAAAUAACUCAACUCACCCACUUAGGUUUUAUUAAUGUGAUAGAACACUAAUCGACUACUUUAUAAGGCAACUUACCCCUCGCUCCACGUAUAAACAUACAAAUAUAUCAUCACAAAGCAAACAUCAGGACCAAAACUAAAGUACUUACAGUGAAGUGAAAGUAUGUGAACGUGUAAAUAUCAUACGAGUCUACUGCCCCCAUCUGAGUUUUAAGUACAGUUUUUUUUUUAGGAUAUUGCUCAUAUUUAUCGAGUUCCUCGUCAACACUUUGCUUGUUUUGUUUCCUCAUCUUUGUGAAAGUUUAUAAAAAAAAAUCAUUUGUUUUUUUUUGUACAA